AAAAUAUUUGUUGCUUUUGUCAAUCUCUACAUAUAAUUAAAAAACAUUAUUUAGUGUACAUCCGUAAUAAUAAAGGUUACUGCGUAUUAUGCGCGUGCAAAGGGCUCUGUGACAUAGGGCAGUUGUUCUGAGAGGUAUGUGUAAACAUGGCUACCCCCAUCAAAAUAAGUCAGGUUAUUCGGCAACAUAUUCCAUUGAUCAAGUUUAGAUAUGGUGUUGGGAAGAAAUCUCAUGGCUUAAAUCGGAUGAUUUCAGGUGCAUCCGAUACACCAGCACCACAGCAAGCAUCUGCCUUGGCUGCACCACUACAGGCAGCUGUCACAACACCAUCCACACUGGAUCCAGUUGGACCAGCGAUCGGUAACACAAUGCGUGGCUCUGGGAUUCCAUUUGUAGAUCUUCCUGUACGUUUUCAAAGGAAACCAAUCAGUGAAGAGGAACUUGAAUAUAUCAAUGGGAGAGGGGAUCCAAACUGAAGGAAGUUCCAUUCUGAUCCAGGCUGUUGAAAUGUACUACAUGUUGACAGCUCUUGUGUUGCUUCGUUUGUUAGUAAAUGUAAAUAGAUUUGGUUUUUGAAAUGAAAUCAGUCCAACUUUAUUAAUAAUUAUAUGAGGACAGGUCUCGUCAUUUUUGAAAUGUUUGUUUAUUUAUGAGGUUGAUUAUAAAUAGUAGGAACAAAUAGAAAUUUGGGUUGUGCACAGAGUACAUAACCAAGAUUGAUCGGUGACAUAUUCUGUACUGGACUUUCUGUCACUAGCUUGACCGAUUUUCUUGUUUGCUCAUAGGAAACAUUAUCCACUCAGCUUAUCAAGAAGCUUGUAGUAAAACCAUUUUUUGGCAAUGAAAUUCAGAUGAGAGUUCUGCGUGUUAAAAAUUGUUAUUAUAAAAUAAACUGAUAUGAAAUACUAA